UCAUAAACUUACAAUCCUCUACCCACGGCCAAUCACAGAGCGAGUCAAGGCAGAGGGCGGUCACGAGCGCAGGAGUCAGAAAUUACUGGAGUUACCUCACGAUGACCACAGGUGAGGUGGUGAGAUUGACAGUCAUCAGAGGUGAUGAUGGUCAGCUUGGCUUUAGUUUGAGAGGAGGAUCUGAGCAUGGACUUGGUGUUUUUAUCAGUAAAGUUCAGAGGAACAGCUCUGCAGAGCUGGCAGGGUUGUGUGUUGGUGAUAAGUUAUUAGAGGUAAACGGUGUCAGUAUGGAAAAUAUCAGUAUGAGCAGCGCUGUGAAAGUGUUGACGGAUCACACUCGCCUCCGAUUGGCCGUUCAGCGUGUGGGGCGUGUACCUGGAGUCCGAUACACCAAUGAGAAAACCACAUGGGUGGAUCUGAUUCACCGUCGGAUGGUGGUAGAAGAAUGGAACGCUCCCGUCUCUGCGUACAGCUCAGAUGGAGCUCUUUGUCGGACGGUUCACCUACAUCUCUCUCACAGUCAGUCCUGUCUGGGGCUCAACAUCCGUGGUGGACGAGAGUAUAACCUGGGCUUAUACAUAUCAAAACUGGAUCCCGGUGGUCUUGCAGAACAGGGUGGGAUUAAAAUGGGAGAUCAGAUCCUGUCAGCCAAUGGUGUAAGCUUUGAGAACAUCAGUCAUCAAAAAGCAGUGGAGGUGUUAAAGAGUCAACCUCAUGUCUUACUGACCAUUAAAGAAGCAGGGAGAUAUCCAGCGUAUAAAGAGAUGGUGACAGAACUAAGCUGGAUGAAUAAAUCAGGUAGCGAAACAGAGUCUGAUUCUCAGUCGUCUGUGUCCUCGCUGUCAUCUGGGACUCCUCUGGGAUCUAUGAGUGGUCUCUCUCAAGCAACUCUGCCUGUUAGUUUACCCUUAGGAGCCAAAAUGUCUGACGUGCGCAGCUCCACCGAGUCCCAGUUUCAUUCGGGUCCCACUGAUAACAGUGGUCAGUCAGAGCAACUGCGAACGUUGAGCCGAGGAACCGUGGAGCUGUUGCAGGACUCUGUGAUCCGGAGCGAAGAAGUGGCAGACAGGAGAGAAGGCCGGAUCAUGGCUCCUGGUCGAUCCGGUCCUCCCAUACGCCGAACGCAAAGUCAUGUGACUGCAUCAGAAGAAGAGAAGUGGAAAAUAAAUCAAGAGAUCAACCGUCCCAUUCAGCGCUCCAGAACCUUUAUCAGUCUGUUCCGGAAGAGAGAUUCCUCCAGAUCUGUGUCCCGUUCAGAGAGCAAUCAGGGCAGGUAUGAUGAUGAUGAUGAUGAUGAUGAUGUAUCUGGGCAGGCCGCUUUGACUCGGGUGAGAGAAAUGUCUGUUAGAUUACUGGAGGAUGAAGAUGUGGAUGUGCUGCUGGAGAUCUGUCAGAGAUAUUUAACAGAUGGAGGGGCGCAGGCGCUGGUGAACACACUACUAACUACACUAAACACACCAGAGAAACUCCUGCUGCUCAGAGAGAUCAGAACGCUUGUGUCCUCUGAUGAUCUUCUGCUCUUUAACCACACGGUGGCUCCAUAUGAAAAAGAAGCUUAUGAUAUUCUGAAGAGUCGCUCAUGUAGAAAUUCUCCACUGCUCUCCCCUCGGACAGGCCGCACACAAAGGCGCCACUUUGUUCCUCCUAUGACAGAUCUCCACGGUGGGUUUGAGCUACAUUCAUCGCAGGACGUGGAGAAACAGAAACGGGUUAAAGAAGAUCUAGAGCAGCUCGCCCUGUCCUGUUAUAAAGAACAGAAUGAACCUCUGCAGACGUCCACAGCUUUCAGGACGUUACAGGACGUUCCUCUAGACGCUUAUAAGCACACAGACACAUUAAGAUCAUCCAGCUCCUCUGCUCUUCUCCCCAACUGGCUACUGGCAGAAAACACACAUUCAGACUCUCCACAGACACCUGAGAAUAGUUUGACCCGACCCGAUGCCCCGUUUUUACACUCGGGUGAUGCCGUCAUUUCAAAAACUGGGCGGGUUCCAGGGAUCAGGACAGAUGGUGAAGAGGAACAAGGACAGGAUGUGUUGUUAACUGUAGUGGACAUGCCUCGCCACAAGAGGCCGCUGCUGUCACAGGUCUUCGAAUCCCUUAAAAAGUUUCACAAUUCAACUGCGAUACCCAUAAAACAGUCCUGGCAACAUCAGAGAUCAGGCAGGGAAACACAAGACCAUGAUGCCCACACGGAGCAGGACUGCUUUGAGUUUCAUACAGUCAACAUUAGCAAAACCAAGCAAUCACUGGGGAUCAGUAUAUCAGGUGGGGCGGAGUCCCGGGUUCAGCCUAUGGUGAAGAUCGAGAAGAUUUUCCCAGGAGGAGCGGCAUCUGCCAAUGAUGUCCUGCAGGCUGGGUUUGAGCUGGUGUCGGUGGAUGGUGUUUCUCUACAGGGUGUGACCCAUCAGGAUGCUGUAGACCUCAUACGAGAGGCAUUCAAAAAUAAAGCCACUGAUCCUAUGGAGCUCGUGGUCAAAGUACCCACAGACCCCACAACACUCCAGUCAAAUUAUACAGCAGAACUAAAAUGAUCUGCAGCAUAAGGGGGAGUGCACGCCAAAGGUUUUACGAUGGUGUAUGUCGAUUUUACGAUGGUGUAUGUUUCGGUGUAUGUUUUCAAUCGUUUCCAAUAGAAACGCUGCUUUUUUUCGCGCUGAGGAUUAAAAAAUAUUCAACUCUGGGUGAAAAGCUCAGCUUGUUAAUGUCAGUUCUCACGCGGCCUUCCAAUCACAGUGGAGGCUUUUUCGGCCGCGUUUGAAAGCUUUGGUGUGCACGCUACCUUAAUCUGAAACCGUCCUGCACAGAGUUUAGAUCCGAUCCUUAAUGAAACAGCCCUGACCCAGCGAAUCAAUUCUCCAGGAUUAUUAGAAGGUGUGUUGGAUCUAAACCCUUCAGGAACUUUAGGAGUUUAUCAUCACCACAUCAGAAUCUUUAGAUUGAUUUGCAUCGUGACGUUGUCUUGUCAGCUGAAUUGAUUUAACAGACACUUCAAUGUACUGAACACACCGACUGUCGUAGCUGCCAAUAGACAGUCACACUUGUACUGAGUAACCUGCACAGCAUUCUGGGAAGUGCUCUUACAUGAACAUUAUUAUUAGGAAAUGAUUGACAUGAUUCAACCAUGCACAUGCUCAUAUUGCUGACAAACUCCUUCAGUCUGACUUCAUACACACAGCAUGCUGGGCAGCUCUGCUCGCUUUAGGACAAAUGCU